CUCUCGCUUGCUGGACGCUGGACCUCGCGCCGGGUGCCCCGACACGUGCGCUGGCGUUCGGCGGGCGUGGUCGACUCGCUAGUGAGUCGGGCGCCCCCCGUGCGGCAUGGACAAGUUCUCCGGCGGCGCCGCUCGGCGGAGCAGCACGGAGUCGGAGUCGACGCGGCGGCGGGACGUGAGCUCGACGGCCAUGGACCAGCUCCCGAAGCACAGCGGCCAGGCGCGCCAGUCGCUCGCCGUCGGCAAGGGCGACAAGAAGCGCGACGGCCAGCAGAGCGACGGCGCGGCGGCGCGCGCCGUCGCGCCCAACGUCGGCGAGGUCAUCGACGGCCAGACGCUGCGCUUCAACGCGGAGCGCAUCAUCGGCAACGGGUCCUUCGGCGUCGUCUUCCGCGCGUCCGUCGUCGAGACGGGCGAGGUCGUGGCGAUCAAAAAAGUGCUCCAGGACAAGCGGUUCAAGAACCGCGAGCUCCACAUCAUGCGCCAGCUGUCCAAGCAGCCCCACCCGAACGUCAUCGCCCUCAAGCACUGCUUCUACAGCUCCGACGAGCGCAACGAGGACGAGCUCUACCUCAAUUUGGUGCUCGAGUACAUGCCCGAGACGGUCUACUCCGUCGCGCGCGCGUGGCAGAAGGCCAAGACCCCGCUGCCGGCGCACCACGCGCGGCUCUACGUCUACCAGCUCUGCCGGGCGUUGGGCCAGAUCCACGGCGCGGGCAUCUGCCACCGCGACAUCAAGCCCCAGAAUUUGCUCCUCGACCCCGCGACGCAGAUCGUCAAGCUCAUCGACUUCGGGUCCGCCAAGGUGCUCGUGCCCGGCGAGCCCAACGUGUCCUACAUCUGCUCGCGCUACUACCGGGCGCCGGAGCUCAUCUUCGGGUCCACGGAGUACACGACGGCCAUCGACACGUGGAGCUCCGGCUGCGUCUUCGCGGAGCUCCUCCUGGGCGCGCCGCUCUUCCCGGGCGACAGCGGCGUGGACCAGUUGGUCGAGAUCAUCAAGGUGCUGGGCACGCCGAGCCGCGAGGACAUCCAGGAGAUGAACGCGUCCUACACGGAGUUCAAGUUCCCGCAGAUUCGGGCCCACGCGUGGGCGAAGGUCUUCCGGUCGCGGACGCCGCCGCGCGCGGUGGACUGCGUGGCCCAGUUCCUCGCCUACGCGCCCCUGCGGCGCGUGCUGCCCCUCCGGGCCCUGGCCCACGACUUUUUUGACGAGCUCCGGGUCCCGGGCGCGACGCUCGAGCCGGGAGGCGGCGCGCUGCCGCCGCUCUUCGACUUCACGGACCUCGAGCUCGCGCAGUUCCCGGACCUCGCCAAGCUCCGCCCCAACACCAACGCCCCCACGGGCAAGGCGCCCGACGGCGUCACGCCCCUCGCGCCGGACCAGCAGCCGCCGCGGGGCGCCGCGGCGCCCGCGGCGCCGCCCGCGUGAGGGCCGCCGUCCGGCCCGGCUUAUCCGGCCGCCGCCCGCGGCCCGCCCCCCCCCGCUCCCUUCUACCCUCGCCCGAUCGCACCCCUCCGCGACCAUGCGCACACUGCCAACCGUCUUCCCUCACCAGCCGCCGCGUCGGCCGCGGCGCGCGAGAAGAAACACACCCACACGCCCCGAAUUCACCGCGUGAGUAACCUCGCGCCUUU